AUGUUAAGAUCAUUAAAAGCUUUAAAACUUAACAGUUUAAAUGCCCAAAAAGGUAUUCGUCAAUUCUGUUCAGAUUCUAAAAUCUCUGGUCAAGUUAUUGGUAUUGAUUUAGGUACAACCAAUUCUUGUGUUGCUGUUAUGCAAGGUGCUGAAGCCCGUGUUUUAGAAAAUGCUGAAGGUGGUCGUACCACUCCAUCAGUUGUUGCCUUCACUGAAGACAACCAAAAAAUCGUUGGUUUACCAGCUAAAAGACAAAUGGUUACAAAUGCUGAAAAUACAUUAUUUGCUACUAAACGUUUAAUUGGUCGUAGAUUUGAUGAUCCAAUGACUAAAAAAGAUAUGACAAUGGUACCAUAUAAGAUUGUUAAAGGUCCAAAUGGUGAUGCAUGGUUUGAAGUUAAAGGUAAAAUGAUUUCACCAUCAGAAGCAGGUGCUAUGGUUUUACAAAAGAUGAAAGAAACCGCCGAAACCAAUUUAGGUGGCCCAGUUACAGAUGCUGUUAUUACCGUUCCAGCAUACUUUGAUGAUAGUCAACGUCAAGCCACUCGUGAUGCAGGUACAAUUGCAGGUUUAAAAGUACAACGUAUUAUUAACGAACCAACUGCCGCUGCUUUAGCCUAUGGUUUCAAGAAAGACGAACCAAAGACUGUUGCCGUCUAUGAUUUAGGUGGUGGUACAUUUGAUAUUUCCAUUUUAGAGAUUGUUGGUGGUGUAUUUGAAGUACGUGCAACUAAUGGUGAUACAUUUUUAGGUGGUGAAGAUUUUGAUAACGCUUUACUCGAACACUUUGUUGCUGAAUUCAAAAAGGAAAAGGGUAUCGAUUUAACUAAAGACACCAUGGCUACUCAACGUUUAAGAGAAGCCGCUGAAAAAGCCAAAUGUGAACUCUCCUCAACUUUAACCACCGAAAUCAAUCUUCCAUAUAUUAGUGCCGGUCCAUCUGGUCCAGUCCAUUUCAAUAUGAAAUUAACUCGUAGUAAAUUUGAACAAUUGGUUGCUGACCUCAUUCAACGUACCAUUGGUCCAUGUAACAUUUGUCUCAAGGAUGCCGGUUUAAGCACCAGUGAAAUCAAUGAAGUCAUUUUAGUCGGUGGUAUGACUCGUAUGCCAAAAGUACAAGAAUUAGCCAAGAGCACUUUCAAUAAAGAACCAUUCAAAGGUGUUAACCCAGAUGAAGCUGUCGCCGUCGGUGCUGCCAUUCAAGGUGGUGUCCUCAAAGGUGAUACCAAAGGUAUCGUUUUAGUUGAUGUUACCCCACUCUCAUUGGGUAUUGAAACUUUAGGUGGUGUCUUUACUCGUUUAAUCAAGAAAAAUACUAAUAUUCCAGCCUCAAAGACUGAUACUUUCUCAACUGCUGCCGAUGGUCAAUCUGAAGUAGAAAUUAAAGUUUUCCAAGGUGAAAGAGAAAUGGCCGUCGACAAUAAACUCCUCGCCAAAUUCACUUUAUUCGGUCUCCCACCAUUACCAAAAGGUGUCCCACAAAUUGAAGUUACCUUUGAUAUUGAUGUCAAUGGUAUGUUACAAGUUAUUGCUAAAGAUAAAGCUACCGGUAAAGCUCAACAAGUUAGAAUUCAAACCAGUGGUGGUUUAAGCAAAGAUGAUAUCGCUCGUAUCCUUAAAGAAUCUGAAGCCAACGCUGAAGUUGAUCGUAAACGUAAAGAAUUAGUUGAAGCCAGAAACAAUGGUGAAUCCGUUGUAUACCAAGUUGAAAAAGAUUUAGUUGAAUUCAAAGAUUACCUCUCUCAACCACAAACUGAAGAAAUUAAAAAAGCAGUCCAAGCCGUUCGUGAUGUCCUUGCCAAAGAAGAUGGUUCAGCCAUUGAAGCUGAAAUUAAAAAAUUACACGAUUUAACUCGUUCAUCUUUUGAAACUGCCUACAAAGCUAAACUCGAUUCAUCUGCAAGCAAAUCUUCAUCAACUGAAAAUAAAGAAAACAAAGAUAACACCACUGAAGCUGAAUUCACUGAAAAGAAAUAA